AGCAGUUUAGUAUCGUCGUUUAACGAUUUUAAGAGAGAUUACACACUGACAUGUUUUAAUGAUUUAAACCGUGACGACGGACUCUACCAUAACACUUGUAAAGACCACUAGAUUCGAAUAUUCAAGCACGAUAAACCGUGAAAUUAGCGGGAUCCUAAGUACGCGGUUUUAUGCAAACACAUUGGUGUGAAAAAUCCGAGUCAAGCACAAACCAUGCAGGCUGGUAGCUUUGAUUUGAUUGAUGCAGAAUAUUCCAAAAUGGGAAAGAAAAAUGACAGUGGAAAAAUCACUUUUUAUGACUCCGAUUCCGAAAAUGCCGAUCAUUGUGUUGGCAAAUACAACGAGGGACUGUCAGACACUCCCACAGCAUCGCGUACUGAUCUAACAAGCAUYGUAAUCGACGAAAACAUAAGCGUUGAGGAAACAGCAAAGAAAAUCUAUACAMAAGGAGAUUGGAUUCAUUUGUCUAGCCUUGGAUUAUGCCACAGCAAGACAGGAUUAUCAACAGUACUGGAGCAAUAUCACAACGUUAAAGUGGAAUUAAAAAGAACUUGUUUUCACCAGGAAAUGAGCGAAAUCGAGCGUAAAGUAAAUGAUGUUCUCCGCACUGUCCAUGUUAUGGACUCAAGCCUUCGWUUUCAACGUAUGCAACCAWCCUGCUUUUACGAGGUCAGAGGAUCGAAUGAAAUCGACGUGUUCCUAAUUCUUGAUCAARURUUCGAUUGGGAUAAUUAUUCYAUCGAAGAAAWUUCAGAUCUCCAAGGYUACGUGCAAAUUCGGCAAGAGGCUCACAUCAAUAAUAACUUUGUUGCAGCUGAUUCAACACCAACAGGGGGACCCCUAGGGAACUUUUUGAUUAAAUCAGAGUCCGGAUCUGUUUUCCUAUCUGCAAAGGCUGUUGGCAAGCGAUUUAAGGAUUUAGUGCGCAAGUCAUUUGAAUGUUUACCACGUGAAUGGAGGGAUUCGUCUCCAGAGUGUAAGCUGAACUCACAAGUGCAUCAACUUGUUGGYACCGCGCUAGAACGAAGYAAAAGUUUUCAGAAAUACUUCUCKCUCAAGAGAGUKAGUUUUCAAGACACGAACAAGCGCACGGUUAAUCUGAUUCCUACGAUAUCUUGKAAAAAAUACUGGCCUGAUGGCUCUAAAUGGUCAAAAUCCAUACCAUCUGCUGUAUGGCCUGACCACGCCCUUUUAAACCWCACCAUGARACAGGGUGUGCACUUAGUUGCUAUGCCAACAGAAAAAGACGAAGAAGAUUCGUGGCGAAUAAAGUUCUUUAAUGCAAAACGAGUUUUGAUCAACCACAAGACUGAGCACGAGCAAUGCAAGCURAAGUGCUUGAGAAUCAUCAAGGUUCUUUGUGAAAACCAGCUGAGAUUUUCCAGGCAUUUCCUCCCAUUGCACUUGGAAAAUAUGGCUUUAGACUUAUAUGAGCAGUACCCUGACGAYAGUGACUGGACAAACGAUAUGCUACCAGUACGAUUUCUGGAAUUCCUGGUAAAGAUUUACCAGUCACUGAGRGCACGCAAUUGCAGUCAUUACUUUACGCCACAAAUCAAUUUGUUGUCGGGCAUUCCUGAUCGUGUUGCUACGUGUUUGGCUGAAGAAGCUCUCAAUAUUCUGAACGAUCCAAUCAAGUACCUUGCGUAAAAUCUAUUAUGCUUGAGCUCUGCGCGACGCCGCAAAUGAAUCACUUCGUGGUUUGGUUGUCGAGCUUCUCAGUAUUCUAAUAAGAUCCAUUGUAUGUGCAUUGCGUARCAUUUGUGUGGAUAACCUUUCAAGGUAAAAAAAAUCAUCCUUUCACUUCUUCACAAAACCUAGUUACGCGUUUGGAUAAACGUGACGUUUCUAACCGUUCCCACGCUGUUUCAAAGACCUAUCUCGACAAGGUACUGUACCUUUUGUAAUAGCAAAGGUUUUACGUUGGUGUACAGCCGUUCAGAACUGUACGCUUCCUUUCAGGAGUUAAAAUAUAAGUUUUUCAAUUUGGUUUCGAGCUUUUACCGUGGAGCACGACGCGCUCUGUCGUGCCAUUCUCGUGCUGCUUUCGCGUUUAACUCAACUGAUUCAUACGUCGAGUUUUUCAUGUGUUAAGUCAAACGCGGCGGUAAAUGGCACCUUUGAACAGCUCCUAACUGAAAUGAUAAAUACAGAAUAGAUGACCCACAAACAAGUAUUCAGAAAUUCUUUAUUGAAGUCAUUCAAUAUAAAUUCAUUGUAGUAUAUGGAAGAGAUUCCUCAUUUUGAUUAUUCUAGAAAAUAUAUAACAUUAUGACCAGCAGCAUAAACUGUUYCCGAUGAAAAUUCAGUUCUCUUUUAUCAGAGCAUAGAGUGGUUUUUCGAUCAACUUUUGAAGUUGAUAAAAACAAA